CGUCGAAACUCCUUCGAGGUCAGACGCUCUCCUUGGCCUUCGCAGGACACUUAAGCCACGAGCCAGACUUAGAAGGCAGCCAGUCCUUCUCCCUUUCGCACUCCGAGAGAAAGAAGGGAGGAGAGAAGGAGGCAGAGAGUCUUCCAAGCUGGAUUGAUUUUCUUUUAGCCUGAAGAAGGAGGCAUCGCGGAGGAGAUUGAAGACCUUUUCGUCAAGGAGCUGCGUCGCCAUGCGGAUCGGAUCUCCGCACGUGUACUUCCUCGUCGUGUGUCUGUGCCAGUGGGCGACCGCCGUCGACCCCGUGGACGCGGACUUGUCACUUCGAUAUCAUGAUGGAGAAAAGGCCGAAUCGAGGCUGCUGCUGAACCCCCUCAGCAUCUUCGGGAACCCCAAGUGUAGUUACGGAGGCAACGAAGGGGUCUGCUACGGGGAAGUUGAGUGCCUUGCUCUGGCAGGUCAAUAUGGCAACUUCUGUUCGGGUCUUCAUGGACUGUGCUGCCUGUUCCAUCGCACUUGCGGCCAGAAGACGUCCCAGGUCGUCUCCUACUUCAAGAACGUUCAGUACCCUCUGGAAGACAUAUCGCCCGAGGCUUGCACGUUCGAGGUCGUGACGCGCUCCGAAGAAUACUGUGGACUGCAGGUGGACAUGGAAGACGCCGAUUUCCCGCAGAACCACGCCGGGGAAUGCGACGGCACCUUCUUCCACCUGACGGGGAUCCGAGGCAACAGACUGUCUCCCAAGUGCGGACGACUCACCGGCAACUCGUACUCCUACAGGAUCGAGAACCUGGAGAACGUCUUCAUCCACGUCAACUCUUCGCGUAACCGCAACACGCACUGGAAGAUGAAAGUGACUCAGGUGCUGUGCAAGGACUUCGUGGGGGAGGAUUUCGGAGGCAGCGGAGGAGGAGGAGGAGGAUCUCUCGUGGUCACGCCCCCUGUCUUUCCCCCGCCCCUGCCGACGCACUCAACCGCCCGUCCGCCCAUCACCACCCGCCCGCCCAUCACCACCCGCCCGCCCAUCGUGAUGCCCCCCGCCCCUCCCCCCACUGCAGGAGGCUUUUCGGCUUGUGGCAUCAGAGGGCCUCCCUAUAACCAAGGAUCAAGAGUGCCCGCGGCCAGGCGCCUGCCAGACCCCGAAGUGAAGGGGCCCCGACGUCGCAAGAACCCGGACCGACGCCGCCCUUCGCGACGCCCCGGCAGCACAGACGUCAAGACCGACCGGCGGGGGCAGGUGGCGGGGACGAGGCCCUCGAACAUCAUCGACAACAACAAGUGGGGCGUCCCGAGCCUGAACGACACGCUCUUUGCCCACUACGCGGGAGACCCGAGCCCCUUCUCGCACCGCAUCACCUACGGCCAGGUGUCCGGCCUGAGGGAAUUCCCGUGGCAGGUCGCCAUGCAGGUCAACGGCAAGUUCCACUGCGGCGGCAGCGUCAUCGGAGACUACUGGGUCCUGACGGCGGCGCACUGCGUCAAGAGCUACGAGAACACGCCCCAAGCCAUCAAGCUGUUCAUCGGGGACUGGGACCUCGGAACCACAAACGACGGCCCCAGCGUCACCGCCUCCGUCGCCAGGGUCAACGUCCACCCUCUGUACUCGAAGCCCGCCCUCCAGAACGACAUCGCCGUCCUCAGACUCAGCUCGAGACUCCAGUUCAAUGAGAGGAUUCGACCCAUCUGUCUGCCGACGUCAGACAUUAGCGUCGAGGACCAGAUAGCUACGGUGAGCGGCUGGGGGCGUGACGAGGGCUUCCAGCUGCAGAAGCAACUGCACCACCUCUCGGCCCGCGUCGUCGCCAACUCGCUCUGCGACGACAAGUGGAAUCGCAACGGCGCCGCCAGAGGGCUCAUCGUCGAGUCGAUGAUGUGCAUGGACGCCACCAACGGCGACUCGUGCAACGGCGACAGCGGCGGCCCCAGCAUAGUGGAGUCCCCCCAAGGCUCCGGCAAGUGGCUGCAGGUGGGCGUCGUGUCCUUCGGCUCCGGCACCUGCACCGAGGCCUCCCUGCCCGGCGUCUACACCCGCGUGUCCUCCUUCAAGGACUGGAUCCGUCAGCAGAUGGUCUAAGGGCCUCCCGACCGGACCCUCCGCCGCCCCGUCCUCCUGCCGAGGCGCGGACGGCGGCGCCCGGCCCUCGCCCGGCGCGACCCUCGGCGGAACUCUCCUAUUUAUUGCUCCUCAGUCACCUGUGUUGGUGGGUAUGUAUAUGUAUUUAUAUGCACAGUCAGAAAAAUAAGCGUUGCUACCCUUUGCACAAAUUAAUAGGAAAAGCUAGCCCGUAAUCACGUGGUAACAGACUGGCCACGAGUAGAGGUAACGAUAGUUUUUUUUCUGACUGUACUUGUGUAUAUAUGUAUGUGCAUAUGUAUCUAAGUAUCUAUCUGUUUAUAUAUAUACAUAUACAUAUAUACAUAUAUGCAAAUAUAUAUAUAGAUAUAUAUAUAUAUAAAUAUAUAUAUAUUUAUAUUUAUAUGAACAUUUAUAUAUAUACAUAUAUACCUUCAAGCCAGUGGUAACUUGUAUCCUUACAGAACAAGACUCAAAAUCUAAAAUAUUUUUGUGAUGAUGUUCACUGCUAAGCUGGGAAGUUAACAGCGUUAGAUGCUCGCUCUCAGGGCAAUAGAUGGCGCUGCAUCUAAACGCGUAACAACAGCAUCACAUAUAUUACAAAGUAAUGUUGGUCACUUGGGAGUGUAUUCCUUUCCAAUAAGUGAUGAUCGAUCGCUUAUAAAAGUAGUCUUUUAAAAAGCUGUAAUAAGACGUGUGAUGUUAUGCAACCCGGUGACAAGCUUGUUCUCUCGCCUCUAUGUAACCCGUACCUAUUAUAAGAGCAGGCAUUUUGUGGAUGUGUUUAGUUGUUUUGCCUAGAACAUCCGUGUUAUGUAUUUGUUAAUUUAUUAUUGAUAGUUGACUUUUGACAUAUUUAUGGCUUGUUAUACUGUUAUUAUGGUUCCUGUUAAAUCAGAAAUAAAAAGUUUCAAAAUA